CACAAGUCAGAACGCAGCUUGCUCCCCCUGUCUGCGCAUCAGGUAGCUCCAUAUACGGAUCGUGAGGCACUUCACAGCCCCUCUGGCACUGUAUCUACUCGGGCGCACAGAGGGGCAGUGCCAUGCACACUCCUGACUACGCGCUGCUCCUGAGUGGAGGGAACCAGUCUCUGGUUUUCAGCCCCACCGAUGACCUGAAAAUGGGGACUCAUGGAAACGACACCGUCCCCCCAAACGGGUCUGAUCCUUUUGCGCGGAACGAGGAGGUCGCCCAAAUAGAGAUUCUGGUCCUGAGCAUCACUUUCGUGGUUGCUGUGAUUGGGAACGUGAGCGUCCUGCUUGCAAUGUACAACACCAAGAAGAAGAUGUCGCGGAUGCACCUCUUCAUCAAACACCUGAGCCUGGCUGACCUGGUGGUCGCCUUCUUCCAGGUGCUGCCGCAGCUCUGCUGGGAGGUCACCUUCCGCUUCUACGGUCCAGACUUUCUCUGCAGGAUCGUCAAACACCUCCAGGUGAUGGGGAUGUUUGCGUCCACCUACAUGAUGGUGAUGAUGACCCUGGACCGUUACAUCGCCAUAUGCCACCCUCUGAAAACCCUGCACCAGCCCACCAGGCGCUCCUACAUCAUGAUCGUCUCCACGUGGAUGUGCAGCCUGCUCCUCAGCAGCCCGCAGUUUUUCAUCUUCUCCCUCAGCGAGAUCAAGAACGGCUCGGAGGUGUACGACUGCUGGGCGCACUUUAUCGAGCCGUGGGGCGCCAAGGCGUACAUCACCUGGAUCACUGUGGGCAUCUUCCUCGUGCCAGUUGUCAUUCUCAUGAUGUGUUACGGCUUUAUCUGCCACAGCAUAUGGAAAAAUAUCAAAUACAAGAAAAGGAAAACGACAGGUGGUGCCGCAGCUAAAAACGGACUAAUUGGGAAGAAUUCAGUCAGCAGCGUUACAACCAUCUCCAGAGCCAAACUGAGGACUGUUAAAAUGACUUUUGUGAUAGUUUUGGCUUACAUUGUUUGCUGGGCGCCGUUUUUCAUCGUUCAGAUGUGGUCUGUGUGGGAUGAAAACUUCCAGUGGGCUGAUUCUGAGAACACAGCAGUGACUCUGUCUGCGCUGCUUGCCAGUCUCAACAGCUGCUGCAACCCGUGGAUAUACAUGAUCUUCAGCGGUCACCUCCUCCAGGAUUUCGUGCACUGCUUCUCCUGCUGCCUCAGAUUGAACCCCGACUACAAGAAGGAGGACUCAGACAGCAGCCUCCGCAGGACAACGCUGCUGACAAAGAUGACUAAUCGAAGCCCGACGGGGAGUACAGGCAACUGGAGAGAGUUUGACAAUUCACCCAAGUCCUCUAUUCAGGCUGACUGAUCGCACAGCCAGGCAACUUCGUUUACAGGGGUGGGGAAGAAUAAUGCAAGGGGCAUCAAUGUUAACAUGCAGGUUUAACAUAUUUUAACUUUGGGUGAGAGGGACAGGUUCUUAAGUGCAACCAAAACUUGAAAAAUACAAUCAGUUUGCAUGAGAAAACAGACACCAGAGAAAAGGAAUGUGGUGAAGACUGCAUCUUUCCAAAAGGGACAGAAGAAAUGGACUCAUUAUGUGUGUUUUGUUGGAUUGUGUGCAAAGACAAGUUUUUAAAAAUAUCCUCAGAAACAAAUCUUCUAAAAAACAGUUAGAAAGGAUGGGAAACUGCAACGUUUACUUAAUAUCUAUGAUGUUUUUCUUGUUUAUAAAGGCUCUGAGUGAUGACAGCGACAGCUUUUGUUGAAUUUUGUUCUCACACUUGAAAAUUCAACAGUCUUAAGCAGUAAGAACUGACUCUCUUAGAGGCCCUACGUGAUUCUUUUCAAUGUUAUUCACAGAAAGUCCUUCUUCCAGGAAUACGGAUGCUUUUCACAGUGGUUUUGUCUCCCUGCAGUGUCGCUGCACACCUUUUCCCGUAAAAGUAUCUACAAAGGAAAGAAAAAUCAGCAGCUCGAUGGAGUGCUGUGGUGAAAGGAACUCUUCCAGACCGCAUGGCUCUCAGAAACUGAGGCAGCACCUCAUCCUUUGUGCAAAGCUUUUCCUUGUUGUUGUUGUUUUUAUCAAAACCAGAUUUUAAUGGCUUAUAUUAGAAAAAAAACACAUUCCCUUUUGCCUCUUACAAAAAAGUAUGUGAAUCAAAAAGGGAUAAAGCUACAUACAUUAACACAAGUCUUUCUUCAUCCACUGUCUUUCUAUUGAUUUAUGUUACAGCAGGCGGUCCUUUGUGUGGACUCCUAAAGAGACGUUUUCUCUCGCUUAAAAAUAGCUGGAAGCUCACCUAUACACAGGCACAUAUGCACACAUCUAGACGGGGGGGUUCAUCAGAGUAAGAUUACCCACAGCUGGAAGAGUCCACCUACAAACCCGAACCCAGGAUUCCCCCCCUACCCCAAAAUGUUCGGGAGAAGCUCACACAUUCCACUCACACUACGUCAACACACUUCCUCUUUUUUUUCUCUGACAUCCUGCACUGCUGUGGGGGGUCUGUUGUUGUGCAGCUUGUUUGCGCUGCAGACAAAACAUUUGCUUCACAUAGCGUACAUGCAGCACAUGAAUGUUUCCCAUGACUGUCUUUACGGCCCCACAGGAACAUUGUAUAUUAUAUCAAAGCAUUUCUGUUUGUAUAUUUGUACAUAAAAGCGGCUUAAAUAUGUGUAAAUAGAAGUAAUAUAUGUAAAUCUGUUCAACAUUAUUCCUGUUUGUCUGUACCGGCUUGUGCACAUUAAAAAUAACCUCUAUAAAUAUAUGUUGAAAUAUACAUGUUGAUGCACUGAA